UUGCUGCAAACUUGGUAGAGACAGAAAAUACUCGAUGUCCCCUAAAAAUUUGUAAAACUAGACGAAAAAUAGACAUCUAGAAAUGUCAUAAUAAGUAUUCUUAUGUUAUUUACUAGAAAGCUCCGCCCACUCUACCCACAUCACCUCCAAGGCCAAGCAGCAGUCGCCUGAGUGGUUUUAUCGGUAGUGCUGUCAUGUCUGAGAAAACUGCCGGCAAGAACCGAGAUGGCCCCGGUGCACCUUCGUACAACUUCAUGUUGCAGGAAGAGGAUGUGGAGGCACUAGGGACAACAUUCAGGGUAGUGUAUGCUGAUGAGGGGUCGCCAACUGAUCCAGUUAUCGUUUGUGUGCACGGGGCGCCAGCCACUCACAAAGCAUACAGGCACAUUGUACAGGGUCUGACGUCACAGGGAUACAGGGUCAUCCUGCCCAACUUGCCAGGAAUGGGAUUGACAGCUCUGGAUCCAGGUGGGGUUUACAACCACACGACAGAACACAAGUCUGAGGUCAUCAGAGGACUGCUGUCCAAGAUUGGUAUUCAAAGUGUUGCUAUGGUGGUGGGUCACUCCAUGGGAGGUCAUGUGACUUGUCAGCUGGCAGCCGACCCAGCGCUAGAGGGCACUAUCCAGUCAAUAUGUCUGCUGUCAUCGGCCGGUUCUCGCCCACACAAGUUGUUCAGUCCUUACUGGUUGUACUUCAUCUUUGGUCAGUUGAUCUACUUCUCAAUCAAGCUACCGGUCAUUGGCACUGUGGUCAAGCGGAUUGUCUCUCACAUUAUCUCAGCAGCCGGCCUCAGAGGGCUGACUAGAGACGCUGAAGUCUUCUCCUGGUACGAAGGCUCCCAGCUUCACUUCAAAGAAUUUGCCACCAACGUGGAACAACUGGUAAAGUUGAACCUACCGGCGCUGUGCUUCUACAGCCACAACGACAAGUUUGUGGAAAUGCCCGUCCUGGAAGAUACCAUUCAGCGACUGGGGAUGCGUCUGGAAGACACCGUCAAGUACAACGGGGAGGGCGUUACCAUGGAGAACUUCAAAGAGGGCGCGCUGAAGAGGGCUGUUCAGUUUGAGAAAGGGACGCACAUGGUCCACUACGUCUACCCAGAGCAAGUUGUCAAAGAGAUGCUCGCCUUCCUACAAACAGUGGUACGUCCCAAAUGAUCCCUACAGUACACAUGUAAAGUUGGAUCAUUUCAUUCUGAGCAGGAGGGGUUAAGAUAGACAUCUUGCCAUUCUGCAGCUGUAAUUUGAUGUAAUUUAUAAGACCUUAGACUUUGAUGUAUAUUUUGAUCUGUUUCAUGUUUUUAUUAUUAUUAUUAUUAUUAAAUCAUGGACAACACUGUUUAAACAAAGGAAAGGCAUCGUGUAAAUGUUUCAAUGUACAGUACAAUCAUUUUAUUGGCUGUAUUCUUUUUUAUCAUUUUUAAAUCACAACUAUAUUUAUUCAGAAUUAAAGAGAAAUUUCAUUUUUCAGCCGAGCAUUGUAUGCAGCAAAACUUCUGCCUUUUACGAAAUAUAUAUAUAUAUUAUGUAAACUGUUAUCAAGACAAUCACUUUUUUUUUUUUUUUUUUAAAUAAGGUUUACACAAAAUGGUACUACACCAAGAGGUUACACCUCUAUGUUCCAACACCCCUAUGUUCCAAUUGCACAUAUUCCUAUUUCUAUUCUUAACCCACACCCUAACCAGGAGUAACACAAUCUUAUGUGCCGGUUGUCGGAACGUAGGGGUGUCAGAAUAUAGGUGUGUCAGAACAUAGGGUUAUCGGAACAUAGUGGUGUCAGAACAGAGCAGUCACGACACCAAGAAACCUGAAAUUAUUAUUUUUUUUUUUUCCCAUCUCUCAAAUAUGUUACAUGAACAGUUGCACCCAAAGUGAACUGUUCAUGUAAAUGGUUCAUAAGAUGAAUUUAAGCUGGACCCUGUCAUGUACAAAUAUACAUUCCUCCAAAAUGUGUGAAAACUACGAGAAAACCUAUGAGAAAAACUACUUGUUGGUUCAUCUGUUUUGUAAAGUUCACCUUUUUUUCCCAAAUAGGCCAUGUCUUGUUUCCUUUUAAAACCGAGGGCGCUGUUUCUGUGAGGUCAAUUUAGGAACACACGUUUCAGAUCAAUUAGUUUUCUGUUCAAAUUGUAAACCCUUAUUUUCAACUGAUAAACAUUCAUGCAUACAAAUUGUCAGACUUUUUUUCAUGUACCAAUACAACAAUGCAUCCACAAAGCCCCCCAAAAACCUACCAUUUCAAGACCCCGAAAAUUGUAGAAACUACCAGAAUGCUGUAGCACUGGAGUUCCUGCCUAAAAUGGCAUCGCAUUUUCGCUCAUGAAUGUGAUAUUGGCGUCCGUUUCAGCAUAAGAACAUAAACAUGAUAAAGGCACCAAUACACCUUUGAAAAUGGCAAGAUAGAAGCUGACAAAAAGUUAAUGAGACACAUGGGUGCAUUUUCAAGGAUUGCAUAAUAAAUAUUUCAUGGGCCCUGUAGAUAUACAGCCUUCUCGCACGAUCCUGUUUGUGCUUGCUUAUGUAGUACUAAACUCUCAAAAAAGUCUUUCACACUUAUCGGAUUUUAUAGUAUAUAGGAAAGAAUGUAGAUUUUAUGUUCGCUCUGACCUCCGCCCUGCAAACAGGACGCUGGUCAGGGCUGACGUCAUUUGAGCUUUCAUUGGAUAGAUCUGCGUGACCUGUGACGUAGAACGCGCCACACAAAUUAGCUUCCGGUGCCCCAUCAUGCGUAGUGCGCUAGCUGCAUGCGAAGGUCAAUCUGCACUUCCUUCACAAGAUUCUGUGAAGCUCAUCAGCCCUGACCAGCGCCCUGCUUGCAGGGCGGGGGUACGAGCGAAGAUUUUAUGUUAAACUAUUUUAAUGAAAUUCGAAGAGCUUAUUCACAAUACAGAAACAAAUAUCGUCUUAAUAAGGACGUUUUCAUUCGAUGUGUGCCAUACAAUUUGACAAUAUAAUGUGUAUUAUUUACAUGUAUAAAUGUGUAUAUUUUACGUACGCUGAGAUAUAUAAAUUUAUUUAAAAUAUUAUUUAUGCUUGCAGUAUUUCCAUUCUGUUAUCUGUGCCAUUGAAUUCGACAAUAUAAAUGACGAAGUGUACAAUUAUUGUAUAACUGGUGUUAAAGGUGUAAUUUAUGUUCUUGUAAUGUUCUUUUGAACACGUGAAAUCGCCAAUGUUUGUAAAUAAACCGUCGAUACUAAAGUGAAUCGAAAAACUCGUUAGUUAGUAGAUUAUUUGUUUUAGCAUUGGUCACAACGUUGUAGCAUUUUUUUCUCAUGCUGUACACGUUUGAACAACUUUUUUUUUACCACUUAAUUGAUUUAUUAUUCACAUUAGAAAAGAACUGUCUAGAUCAUCGAUCGGAGUCAACCGAAAUUAAUGUUUUUAAGUUGAUUUAAUAUUAAUGUAGUCUGUAAUCACGGUAAGCAUUACUUUUUUAUAAUACACUUGCAAACUACGCCAAAAAUAACAUUUCUACACAUAGUACAUCAGCGAUUAUUGAGCCAUUAAAAAUCUAGUUUGAUCCAUUUAAAAAAACAAAAGUGGCUU